AUGUCCUUUAAGGCAAAACUGGUGGGCGAUAUCCCUGGUGCCUUCGCACAGGCUUUUAAGUUUCAUGCCGAUGAAAAUGAGGAGCCUUUCUCUAAUGAAGAGGUGGAUGACCCUCCUGAGGGCACAGUUGCCAUUAAGUUAUCCAAACGGACCAAGAUGAACAUCCGGGCUAAAUGGGCUCAUUCCCUCAUUGUGAAAGUCUUUGGGCAAACGGUAGGUUUCCAUUUUUUGCAUUCCAGGAUCAUGCAACUCUGGAAGCCAGCGGGUAGACUAGACUACAUUGAUCUGGAAAAUGACUUUUAUUUAUGCAAGUUUAGGUUGGUGGAGGAUUUUGAGAAAGUCCUAAAGGGGGGACCUUGGUUCAUAAGCGAACACUACCUUACUAUCCAUGCAUGGGAGCCAUACUUCAAGCCCAAUGUGGUUGCAUGCUCUAAGGUGGCUAUUUGGGUGUGCUUACCGAGGCUACCCAUUGAGCUCUACGAAAUGGAGGUGCUUAAGGAGAUCGGGAGGGCCAUAGGACCUGUGCUCCGGGUUGAUGCAAAUACCGCAGUAGGCACUAGGGGUCGUUAUGCUCGACUUUGUGUAUAG